CCCUAGGAGGAAAAAUGUAAGUCUCGCGAUAGGCGCUCGUUUGUGCAGCCGCCAUAUUCUGUGACAAGUAUUUUGAUUCGUAUCUGUUGGAAGUAAGAAAAGAGAAAUUAAGGGGGAGUAGAGGGGGUAAAGAAGAAGAGCUGUCAAAAGAAUUCCCGUGUCUCUGAAACAUCGGGGGCUGUAGUAACCCCCCACUCGGGUCAAAACAGAGAAGGCCUGGGUACCGUAGAAACUCCGUCUACGAAGUCCACCUCGCCGCUUUUCUUUCAGCACCACGGCCCUGUGGGAGAUUCGGUGGUUGAGUUUCGGGUGUUGAAGGUGGCCCGGGGAGCGGCGGCGGAGACGAAGAUGCUCAAGCUGUGGCUGAGGUGCUGCCACCACUGAUGCAUCGUCAGUGUGCUGAACGGAGCAAGCAGAGCAGUCUUGACCUGGCAAUACACGAAUGGCCCAGGGAAGCCACCAGAUUGACAUUCAGGUUUUGCACGACCUGCGCCAGAAGUUCCCUGAAGUUCCAGAGGGUGUUGUUUCCCAGUGUGUUCUGCAUAAUAACAACAAUUUGGACGCUUGUUGUGAGUACCUGUCUCAAGUAAGCCCAGGCUACUUGUACAGCAAAGGAGGCAAACUCAACUACACUGACGACCCCAGCUUCAUCAGGUUCCGGAAUCCCAUGACCCAGCUGAACCUGGGCCUGCAGUCUCAGUCUCAGAAUGUGCAUGCGACCCCGGGAAGGGACGGCCUGAGGAUGAACGGCAGCAGGACACUGUCCCACAGUCUUAGCCUGAGUGACGGGCCCCUACAGACAGGACAGCCCCCGAAUAGUGACUUCUUCCAGCAGGAGCCCCAGUCAGCCCCGGUGCAGGUGCCCGCCAGCCUCAAUGUGUUUGGCGUGAUGGAGCCCACGCGCAAGACCCAGCCGCCCCAGCACCUGGGACUCUACCAGCUGGGGGGGAAAGGACAAUCCAUGGGCCAACAUGGCCAGCAGAUGCCCCGCUUCAACCCCAUCACCGUCACCCUGGCCCCCAACAUCCAGACUGGUCGCAACACCCCCACCUCUUUGCACAUACACGGCGGGCCCCAUACACAGUCCGGCUUGAGCAGUCCACAGGGUAACUCUAUCUACAUAAGGCCUUACGUGACCCAGCCCAGCGGUACAACCCGGCAAAGCCAGCAGCAGCUUCAGCAGCAGGCAGGAAGGGCCCAGUACAGCCCCACCUCCCAACCCCAGCAGCAGAUCUACCAGAUCUCCCAUCCCACCUCACUGCCUGGCUCCUGGACAGGCCCUUCCUCCCAGCAGCACCAGCACGGCUCCUCACAUACCUCACAGCACCAGUCACAGGGCCACCAGACCUCCCAUGUCUACAUGCCCAUCAGCUCCCCCACCAACCCACAGGCCCCCUCCUCUAUCCUCCAGGCCCCCUCUGGAGGUCAGGGCUCCUCUUCUGGUGCCUCCUCCUCUGGCAUGCCCUUAGGCAUGUCCUCCUUCAGCCAGUACAACAUCCAGAACAUCUCCACCGGACCGCGCAAGAACCAGAUAGAGAUCAAACUUGAAUCUCCCCAGAGGAGCAACUCCACCACGACCACACUGCGCACCAGCAGUGGCCCCCGCUCCAACUCCUCCACCUCCUCCUCCUGCCCCUCAUCCUCCUCCUCUGUUGGGGCAGCACCUGGCCCAACCACCACCCCCCUGUCCAUCGGAGGCCCAGGUCUGAGCCGCAGCCAGCCCACUGUUUACAUCUCUGCCAGCCCGCCCACUGUUGCUGCUACCACCCCCUCUGAAGAGGCCAACAUGGCCUCAUCUGGCUCUCGCUCCCAGCCCAAGUUUUACAUUACUGCUAAUAACGAUGACGGUGGGGGCAGAAACCCUCCAACCGUCUACAUCUCUGCUCAACCACCUCCGCACGGGUCCCAGGGGCCCCGCAAUAUGGGGGGCCAGGUGAGCAUGGGCCCCGCCUACAUCCACCACCACCCGCCCAAGUCCCGCGCGUCUAUGGGAGGGGCAGGCACAGCCACCUCGCCCCGAGUGGUGGUCACCCAGCCCAACACCAAGUACACUUUCAAAAUCACCGUGUCCCCCAACAAGCCCCCAGCUGUGUCCCCCGGCGUCGUGUCCCCCACCUUUGAGGCUACCAACCUCCUCAGCCUCCCCUCGGACCACCAUUUUGUGGAGCCUGACCCACAUCAUCUCUCAGACCCACUGUCUGUACACAGGGAGAGGCCCAGUGAGCCACGCAGACUCAGCAUGGGCUCAGAUGACGCAGCAUACACACAAGCCCUGUUGGUUCACCAGAAGGCCCGCAUGGACCGGCUGUGGCAUGAGCUGGAGCUGAAGAAGAAGAAGCUGGAGAAGCUAAAAGAGGAAGUCAACGAGAUGGAGAACGAUCUGACCAGGAGACGGCUAGAACGAUCCAACUCCCAGUCCCAAAUCCCCUCGAUUGAGGAAAUGCAGCAGUUGCGAUGCAACAACAGGAUACUGCAGAUCGACAUUGACUGCUUAACUAAAGAAAUCGAUCUCCUUCAAACAAAAGGACCACACUUUAAUCCCAGUGCCAUUCAUAACUUCUAUGACAACAUUGGAUUCCUAGGUCCUGUCCCACCCAAACCCAAAGGUACUUUAUCUGUUGAAUCGAGCAGUAAGAGCGUUAAGACUGUAGCAGACCAGGAGGAAGACGAGGGGACGCAGUGGAGCUGCACGGCCUGCACCUUCCUCAACCACCCCGCCCUCAACCGCUGUGAACAGUGCGAGUUCCCACGGCACUUCUGAGCCACAAAGACGCCAACAAUACCAACAACACGCAUCACUUUUCAAUGCGAAUCAAAGAAACUACAUUAGAAAAGACUGUUUUUUCCCUUCUUUUUCUAGUGGUAAGAAAAUGAAUGGACAGGGGUUUGUAGUUUUUUCCAUUUUGGGACUGUUUCCUUCCCCCCUCCUCCAAGGUUUGUAGUUUUUUUCCAUUUUGGGACUGUUUCUUUCCCCCCUCCUCCAAGGUUUGUAGUUUUUUUUCCAUUUUGGGACUGUUUCUUUCCCCCCUCCUCCAAGGUUUGUAGUUUUUCUUUCAUUUUGGGACUGUUUCUUUCCCCCCUCCUCCAAGGUUUGUAGUUUUUUUCCAUUUUGGGACUGUUUCUUUCCCCCUCCUCCAAGGUUUGUAGUUUUUUUCCAUUUUGGGACUGUUUCUUUCCCCCACCAACGGUUUGUAGUUUUUUUCCAUUUUGGGACUGUUUCUUUCCCCCCUCCUCCAAGGUUUGUAGUUUUUUUCCAUUUUGGGACUGUUUCUUUCCCCCCUCCUCCAAGGUUUGUAGUUUUUUUCCAUUUUGGGACUGUUUCUUUCCCCCCUCCUCCAAGGUUUGUAGUUUUUUUCCAUUUUGGGACUGUUUCUUUCCCCCCUCCUCCAAGGUUUGUAGAAUGCUAUCCACUGAAGGCUUGACUGGAUAGUGUUUACAGGUUGUGUUACUUUGCUAAGCCAGCAGAGUUGGAUGAUACCUCACCUUGGAGUCUCUGCAUGCAUGGGGUCACCCCCCUCUCCCUCCUCCUGCUCAACGCUCGGCAGGCGACUUUACCCCUGGGGGUGCCUCGCCUUUUCCAUAUACAGUAUUAACAAGUUGUCCUGCAGUGUGUUGGCACACACAAACACGUAAGCCAAUAUGGGUGCCAACGUGCAUUUGCUGAUUUUUUUCUUCUGUGAUGGCCUAAUCAGGAAUGGGAACUUUGGUCAGCCGUCACCUCACACCUGAAGGGAAAACGAACAGACUACUUGUGGACUAUUUGUUUGGUUGCUGUUUCUAGAGGAUGACAGGGGGAAACUUACUGCCACCAAAACGUUUCUCUCGUCUUCUGUAAUGUCCCUUAUCAAUCUGCGUCUCUUCAAUCUAGAGUAAAAAGAACGGAAACUCAAUUGCAUGCUUUAUGUGUACAGUACAUGGAGGGAGGAAAUACCCUUAUGCUUUUUACUGUACAUCAUUUUUGAAUGUGCCUUAAAUGCCUUCUUCCUCACUAUGAAUCACUUGUAUUUCCUGUAAGUAUAGCUUUAUAGACUUUAUUUACUUUGUUUUGUCUUGUUUUGUUUCCAUUUUCUUUCAAACCAAUAAGUACGGUGUCCCUUUUAAGCUUUUUACUUGAUUUCUGUGAGAAUUGAAGCAUUGUGGAAAAAAGAGGCGCAGUUGAAUGAAAACUAUGCAGUCAUGAAACUUCUUCCGCUCAGUCUGUAGUUCAUCGCUUGUGUAUAUGCUGAAUUUCCUGUGUACGAUCUGCAGAUGCAGCAAAGUCAAAAGAAAGAUGGAGGAGUUUUUUUUAGGAUGCAAGAGCUCUUGGACAGGUGAAAAAAGCUCAUAAGCAGAAUGACAAACUGCCAUCUUAUCUGACAACUGGAAUGUAGGUUUAAUAUUUGGGGACUUUUACACCUCAGUGCCAAGAGAUGCAUGAAUUUUUACAGUUCACCUAAAACUUGCAUCAGAAUAGAAGCUUUCGAGUCGGAUGAAAGAAAGACGGACUUUGGUAAUUGUAUUAAGGUGUUAAGGCCCUUGUACAGCUUGGUGGAAGGCGACUGUUUCCUGAGGGCUUUCAGAAUCAAAAUAUUUUGCUAUGCAGUAUAAAUUGGGUAAGUUCCAAAUGAAUAUGUUUUAAAGUAUUCCUCUUUCAAAUCAGCAGAUAUUUAUAUAGGUAUGUGCUUUACCGUAUCUACCCCUGGCCAGAAGUUUAGAAUAUCUCUAAUAAAAGACAAUAAGGACAGUGCCAUUGUUAUAUUUCCAAUAAAGUGAGACAAAAUAGUGUCUGUCCUCAUUGUAUAAUCAUGUUUUUAUUUGGUUUAAUUUGUCCUGUGAAGCUUUUUUUUACGAGGAUAGUUUAAAAGUUGACCAUUGUAAUGAUUUUACCUUCAUUGUGGAAUGGGUUAUUAUUGUUUGUUUUUCACGUUGUGAAAUGCUGCCACACAUUACUGCCUCAGAAUGGCAUUUGUAUUGAAAAUCUAUGCAGUCACAAAUUAAGAUGUUUUUUUUUUUUUUUUACCAAAGCUUAGUAUUGUCAAAAACUGAUUCGGUCGAAGCCAAAUUCUUAGUUGUCUCUUAAGCACUUAUAAAAAAAAAAAUCUGUAAAAACCCCAAAGAAACAAAUUGUUCAGCUUUAUCUGCAGCUCGGUGUGAAGUCGGUUAAUACAUGUUUUAUUCAUAAAAAAAAACUAAUUUGGAUAACUAAAGUGUUUUUUUGAUUUUAGCUGGGAAAACUGUCUUUGUAACAGAUAAGUUAUUUGUAAAAAAUAAAAAAAAAUCUAUUCUGA